GUUCAGUUGUGUUUCAGACGUUCACCGAGGUGCGUGUGUUCAGUUUUCAAAGAACUUGUUGCUAAUAAACAUUGUGUUAGUGCUGUGCUUGUGCGUCUUAGAAGUCACAUCACGUUAAACAGCUGUCGUAGCCAUGAGAGACGAACGCUCCAGUCCAUCUCGCGUGCGCAUCGCAGUAAUUGGUAGCUCCAGAGUUGGUAAAUCCGCACUCAUAGUGCGGUACUUAACACGAAGAUACAUUGGAGAAUAUCAUUCAAAUACAGACCUGCUCUACAGACAAACAGUGCCGAUUAAUGGAACUCCAAUAGAACUAGAAGUAAUAGACGUCUCUGGAUCAAAUUUGGACAAAUUUCCCACAGAACAGAUUCAAUGGGCCGACGCGUGUCUCCUGGUAUACUCAGUAACAGAUAGAACAAGUUUUGAAUAUGCCACCGAAGUAUUAAAUAUUUUGAAGAAACCACAGAAUAGCAGUCCAGCUCAUAACUCUGCCACAUCCGGUAUGCCCUUGGCGUUAUUAGGAAACAAGACGGACUUGGAUCAUUUAAGACAGGUACCAACAAAAGAUGGCCAGUCACUCAGUGCAGCGCACGGAGCAUCGUUCAGCGAAGCAAGUGUCGCCGAUAAUACUGGCGACCUCUAUCGGUGUAUGGACAAACUACUAGCCGAAGUGCGAACCCCGCAGCGCUCGAGAAAGUUCUCCGUCACAAAGAUGCUUGGCUCUUUAAUAGGCGGUCAAAAUAAUAACAACCAGACAACCCGUGGGUCAGUAGUAGCCUGCCCACGAGUUCCCACACCCACGCGACCUGCCCUUGCGGCGGCUGCGCCUUGACCGACGCCGCCUGCGCAGCGAAUGCGUUAGAACAACUUUGACUACCUUUAGGUAGACACGGUUCAUAUCGCUUUGGAUGUCUAGGAGUUUAUUAUAUUAUUAAAUUUGACGGAAUGCGUUUUUCCUGGGAUCCGAACCGGCUGUGUGCAAUGUAGGACUGUCCUUUUAAAGGAAUAAAAAUUGGUACAGCACAGUAUCAUCAACCAUUGUUAUAUGUUAGCCGAUUCGGGAACCAAAGGCAAACCAAAUUUUGUACGGCAUAUUAUAUGUUUCUUGUUAUACAAGAAAUAUAUACUUAUUUAUAAGGAAUGUACGAUGUUGCGUAGCAUUUUUGAUGUUUUUAGAUAAAUUUCAUACUUAAUUAUAAGAUAGAUUUAACUUAUAUUUGACAAAAUAUUAUUAGCUAAUUAUUAUCCCAAAGAAUUGAUUCUGUUCGAAGUUUUUGUUGUGAAAUUACUUGAUAACUCUAUACAUACGAGUAGACAUUUACGACGAAUAUAUAAAGCUGGUAGCUGCUGUCCAUUGUUAAGUAGUAAGUUUAUUAUGAAAUCAGACUAAUAAAGUUAUUAUUUUUGUUAUUGGAAUCAAAGAUAUAAUGGAAGUAGAAAAUUUCGCACAGUGAAACAAAAGUCAUUGACAGAAACAAAAGAGUCACCAUAACACCAUCCAUAACCAUAACCAUAGAUUAUCGAAUGAUCUCGCAUAAAAGAGAAACACAAUGUCAAUAUGCAUACCGGAUAAUAAAAUCUUAAGAAAUCAAACUUAUUGCAUACUUGGUAUGUCAUUUUGAAUUAGAUUUUUGUACGUCCUUAAAAAUAGUCAAUUUGUACCGUAUGUUAGGACAUUUAGUGUUGGAACUGUGAAUUUGUUAUGGAAACAUUCAUAAGUAAAAUGUAAGAAUUUGAUUAACUUACAAAUCUCAAAUUUAGAAGUUUGCAAGAACGCUAACAAGCGACGUUGUCAGAUAGAUGUCAGUAUGCUCUAAGUGUCAUUCAAAUGUCAUUGUAUUUUGUAAUGUAUAUUUUAUAGAUUGACAAUAACGAGUCAUCAAAAUAAAGAUACCUGAAAUGUAUUUUUAGUGCUAUGUGCCAAAUAUAUUGUGUCUACAUAUUAUAUAGUAUAAUUGUACUAUUAAAAGCAUUUAAUGAAAAUAAAUACAAGAUUAUUCAAGUAUAUUAGCUAUUAGAUAGCCAAAAUUGUAGAUAGGUGUAACACAGUAAAGAAUUAACAUUUUGUAUGUCUAAUAUUUCACAAGAAAAAACAUCGUAGUUCAACAAAAGUAUUUAAAUAUUAUUGUAUGUUUAAAGAUAAUAUUGAUUGAAAUCAGUAUUGUAAAAUUAAGAUCGUUCUAAAUAAUCUUAUAAACAAAUAUGUGAAAGUUGCUACGUUAAGUCAAUGUCUAGUCAUUAGGUUAUAGGCUGUGAAAAGACAUAGAUUACAGAAUCGGAACAUUGAAAGGAUCUGUGGCGAGAUAGAGAAUGCAACGUAAAAACCAUAGAUUAGUUUAAUUGAAAUGUGCGUUACGUUCUGUUUUUAAAUAUUUCACAUAUAAUGUAGUAAAUUACCAAACAAUGUAUUAUCUACGUAUUUUUUAUUGUAACAAUAAAACCAAAGAUAUUAUGGAAUGGUGAUACGUGAAAUACCUAUAAUGUUAAGAUUUGAAAAACGGAACUGAUUGGGAUAAGAUGUAAAUAUUUUUAAAAGUUGUUAAUGUUUAAUAAAGAAAAUGUCAUUUAA